CAGCAGUGUCUCAACACCAAGAGAGGCUGUGUCUUGGGGAGUUGACCCUUCACCUGAUGAAGGCUUCAGGGAAGAUGUUUAACAACGGAGCCAUGGAGGUCUCUACCAUCCUCACAGCCUGCACCCUGGACGACAUGAGGACGGGCGUACAGAGAGUCACCUCGCGGAUGCUGGGUAAGCGUGACGAGACGAGCGAGGAAGCCAUGAUAGACGUGACGUACACGCAAGAGUGCCAGCGAGCGCCAGGUGGUGGCGGUGUUACAGAAGCUCUAUCUGUUGCCACGUUGAGUUUUCUCAUGGCAGGCAGACUUCUUCAUUCAGGCCCUGCCCCAGAGCUCUGCCCAGGACGUCCCACUAACACCAUGCUAGCCCUGCCAGACCUGGCCAAGACCUCCCAGCUACCCCUCAAACAGCUGGCCGAGCUUCGGGAUAGAGCCACCACUGACCCCAGAACAGGUAAGGGGAGAGACAGAGGGUGGGGAAAUAAAUGACAAACAGAAAACUAU